AUGCAUGAAGGAGGAAGUCUUGACUCCAGUAGCGGGAUUAAGGUUCAGAAGUUAGGAGAGCCCCUUCAUGCUGAACUAGAGGAUGUAUUGGAAGAGAAACUUCGACAAGAGGUAUGGGACAUGGCCGAAGGUGCAGAGAUUUAUGAGGAUGAAGAUGCAGUGGAGCUCCUCCCUUCGAGACUUUAUUACGAGCCCUCUGAAAGCACGGAUUGGAGACAACAUCAGGGCAGGUGGAUUAAUGCUGGGAAGAGAAAGGCUGAUGAGCUCAGGACCAUGGAGAAAAAUGAGGUUAGGAGGGCUCUUGAGCGCCCCACCCAUUUGCCUCUCAUCGCUGCAGACUAUAAAGUCGUGGAUUUGAUUACCCAUGCCACUGAACAAGUCCAAGAGUUUAAAGAAUUAAGGGAACAGACCGUAACCCUUCAUGACCAACAUCUCAAAAUCAUUUAUGAAGACUUGGUCAACCAAGAGGCAUUGAUUCAUCAUGUCCAUGAUCGAAUUUCUACACUCUUGGGGGCACUUAAAGGGAUGGCCACUAAAAUUCAAACCACCUAUGAUGAAGCAAGGGUCUGCAAAGAGAAAGCAGCAGAUGCAGCGAGAGCGAUGGAAGUGAUGUUUAGGGCCACCCAUGAGAACUUGAUUUUGGAUGAUGAUUAUUACCUCGUCGUCUCUGAAUGCGUUCACGCUAUGAAGAACAGGUUCUUGGAGAGACCGUACAUUACAGAUGGAGCAGAAGGAAUGGGAAAUGGGAUCGGCAACUCUGGUUAA